AAGAGACAUAAACAAGAAGUGAAACACAAAAGAGAGAGAUUUGUGUUUUGCAUGCAUGAAGGAAAAGAGACUGCUUUAUGGGGCUAAUUAGACAAGCAAAGAGGUGUAAAAGGAACAAAAAGAGGAGGAGAAGAGAGUGGUGGGGGGGAGGGCACAAUGGGUGAGUAGGAGGGCUACUGGAGGAAGAUAGAGAGAGAGGCAGGAAGCAGGACAGAAACAGACCAACAGCAGAGAGAAGAGAGCAGCAGUGUCAAUAUCUCAUUUCUCUCAUUUCUCCAGGAUCUGUGAUUACAUGCUGAAAUCUGCUGUUCACAUUUGUACUGUGAAAGAACUGAAUACGGUGGAGUAACAUCUAUAAAUGAUGGACGGCUGAAUUAAACCUCCGGCUUAUCACCUGUGGGCGCAACGCUGCCUUAAGGGGAUUGAGAUUGAAAAGCACUACAGGGAAUGUGAGAAACCCAAGGAUCACUGAGGAACGGAUUUCAUCUGGAGAUCAACAACGGAAAGCGACCAGGCAGAGCACGAGGAAAGGGGAUGGUGAUGAUGAUGAUGACAAGCGGACAUGUCGUAAAUCCAUUUCAAUCAAUUCUUCUCUUCCAGUCAAUUAAGGAUUACAUGCAAAUACAAAGGCUUUGGAUGUCCAAGAGCAUCUCUGGGUGAUCACCAGUGACUCUUCAUGACCUUUAUCUGUGUCUGUGACAAUUGAGCAAGUAUGCCCUCCUGCCGUUUGGAACCUUCCAUCCUUCCAUUUUCUUCCAAUAUGAAAUCACAAACCUGACAAGGUACCAUGGACUGUAUCGGGACAAGCACCAUCUCCAGAGAGAUAAAGACAAGAGUGUGAAGAACACCUGAAAGGUUGAGAGUAUAGUGUUCCAGCACUGGCAUCAUUUUCCAGGCGGGGAUGACACCAUGAGCAGUGAUUCAAACACAACAGACAAUGACAAGACAGAGGUUGGAAUGAAAGAAAAGCAUUGAUCACGACGCACUGGACUGAUGCUGCAAACCACAUGCCCCCCUAUGAGGGGAGGGCAUGUGUUUUCUUUGCUGUUGCACAAACAGACUCUUCCCUUUGCCUGAAAGAAGCUGCCACUGUUGCCAACGCGAUAGAGUUUUUCAUGUUUCAUGUCAAAAUCCAAUGUGCUCACAGACAAUGAUACAAAUCAAGAAGCAAGUUCCUUGUGGUCGCUUUGAUCGCUAAACUGGAGAGCACCCUGCUGGGAGGGAGCGGCGACUUCCUCACAUCAGGAUAAUGCACACACCUCCAAUGCUGAUCUUUGCAGCCGCCAUGAGCAACAUGACGGUGAUUGACACUGCUGACCCCUAUGACCUUGACUUGACUUCGUCUGAGAAUAUUUAUCCCAUCAGCUUCCAGAUUUCUCUGACAGGCUUCCUGCUUUUGGAGAUAGUUUUGGGCCUGAGCUCCAACCUCACUGUGUUAGUCCUCUACUGCAUGAAACAGAACCUCAUCAGCUCUGUAUCAAACAUUAUCACCAUGAACCUGCAUGUGGUGGACGUGUUGGUAUGUGUAUGCUGCAUUCCACUGACAACCGUGGUGGUGCUACUUCCUUUGGGGUCAGACACAGCCAUGAUAUGCUGUUUUCAUGAAGCCUGUGUCUCUUUUGCGAGUGUUGCUACUGCUUCCAAUGUCCUGGCCAUCACUGUGGACCGCUAUGACAUCUCAGUGCGGCCAGCAAACCGUGUGCUCACAAUGGGCCGGGCUGUGGCUCUGCUUGGAUCUAUCUGGGCUUUAUCUUUCUUCAGUUUCCUGGUCCCCUUCAUGGAAGUAGGCUUCUUCAUCAACUCUGGUUCAGACCUUGUGAACCAGACUACAGUAGUCACAGUGGCUCAUACAAAUGAGUACUACACAGAGCUGGGUUUGUACUAUCACCUGCUUGCACAGAUCCCCAUAUUCUUUUUCACAGCAGUGGUAAUGCUGGUGACUUACUACAAGAUCCUACAGGCACUUAACAUUCGCAUUGGAACACGCUUUCAGCAGAACCUGCCUAAGAAGAAGCACAAGAGUAAAAACACGAUCUCUUUGAGUACUGCAACACAAGCAGAGUCGACUGAUGCUUCACAGAGCAGCACAGGAGUGAGGGCGGGUGGCAGUGCACCUCUGGGCAUGCGGGCUUCUGUGUCCGUCAUUAUUGCUCUGAGACGCGCAGUAAAGCGUCAUCGAGAACGGCGGGAGAGACAGAAAAGAGUCUUCAGAAUGUCUCUCCUCAUCAUCUCCACCUUCCUGCUCUGCUGGACUCCAAUAACUGUGCUCAACACCAUCAUCCUUAGCACCGGGCCCAGUGACUUUAUGGUCCGCCUUCGGCUGGGCUUCCUGGUGAUGGCCUACGGAACCACCAUCUUUCACCCACUCCUCUAUGCCUUCACUCGGCAGAAGUUCCAAAAGGUUUUGAAGAGCAAGAUGAAGAAAAGAGUGGUGUCUGUGCUUGAAGCUGACCCGACACCAAACAAUGUGGUCAUACAUAACUCGUGGAUUGACCCCAAGAGAAAUAAAAAGGUCACCUUUGAGGACACCGAGGCCAGACAAAAAUGUCUAUCCACACAUAAUGUGGAGUAAAAUGUAAAUAUGUCGAAAACAUUCAGAUGAGAAUUACAACACUGGGAGUAACUUUCAAAAGAGAAAGUAGUCGAUAUGUGUUUCAGAGGGAGAUGAUUAAUGUAAAUGUCAAUGACUCUGUGAUGGAUGAGUCGAUGGUUUCUAAGGGUUGAAACCCAAAGAAACACAAAAUCUACCAAAACAGAAGACAAUUUUAAGUUACAGCUCAAAUUGACAAGUAAAUUUUUGAACUAGUGCCAGCAGUCUCUGGAAACACCAGUACCUUGGAUAUUUUGGAUUCAUUUUCAUACAGUGAAGGAGGAGGAGUAGGAGAUGUACCAUCCAUAUUGGUUUUAUGCAAAAGUGAAAGUUAAAAUAAGAAAAAAUGUGGUCUUUGUUCAUUAACAGAGUAUAUAUUCUGGGCAGCUUACUAAAUGUAUAUAAUAUGGUGACAAUACAAAUUAUGUUUCUUUUGUCAGAUGAAUAAUCAGUUUAUGUUAAGGGAGUUUCUUAAUAUCAUAUGUAAAAAUGGAAAAGAAAAAUGCAGUUCAAGGUUGGCACUUAGAGCUGAUCUUUUUCUUCAAGGCAAAAGUUUCUCAAAAUACUGUAGGUAUCACACAGGCACAUUGAAAAGGGUAAUUUAUUGCUAUUUAUUGUGUAGUGUGCUAUCAAGAAUAAUUUAGUUGUUAACUAUAUCUAAGCAUUGGUGUGUGAGUGUUGUUCCCUGGUUAGCAUAAUAUGAGACAAAUGUACAGUAAUAGAAAACUUUAAUAUUGUUUGUCACCAUUUGUAAUUAAAAAAAUGAAAGGCACAAAAUGUGUCAGUAUCCUUUUGUUCCCUUGCUUAUUUAAAUGGAAUUGAGACAUUAAUAU